AUAAAAAUUGUUAAAUAAACGUCUCGUCAGUGCGAUAAUAUAAAAUAUUCGCAAAAGAUAAGAUUAGUUUAUACGUCGAUAAUAUUUCUGGUUCUGCUGUUAUCGUGUUACGUUGCCAGUUCGCUGUUAUACUUUGCAGAUAUAUUAUGUCUUAAAUGAAAUGUGAUUAUUACGAAAAAUACAAUUUAAAACAGCGCAGUCUUCGGGAGCUUUUGGAUUGUUGUCGGGAACGUACCAAAGAUAGCAUCAGGAAAUAUAAAAAGAAGGCAAAAUGGUACUGGCCAGAGCUUCAUCUCUACUGCGGAGUCUGCAAACUACGAACUGGCCUGUACAUAAGAAGUAUAAUAUGUUUGGUUUUCUACAUAAUUGCAACUGUAAUCAACAUUUUCAUGGUCUACUACAUAGUAGAAGGUGGAAGAUUUCUGUUCUCAAUGGAUAUGUCAGCAUUAGAAGAUUACUUUGAAGUUAAUUUGACAGAUGACAAGCUUGAGCGAGCGAAGAAAAUUUACACAUUGGUCGUUGCUUACCUCGUAUUGUGGUGUGCCUUCAAGAUGAUUUACAUCUUGUCACUUGUAUCCACAAUCUACGCAAUGUAUAAGAAAAAGCCGAAAAUUUUGAAAAUCGUUAUAUUCAACAAUACCCUAAAUUGGAUUUUGGACAUCAUUUUAUCCUUAUUCGGAGCAGUCCUUACUCAACUAUUCUCGAAAGUUUUAGUUAUUUUUUGUAUUUUAUUCGAAGGGUACAACUUAUUAGCGUUAUCCAGUGAAUAUAAGCAAUUAAAAGGUAAAUCAAAACUUAUUAUAAACUUACCAAAUACAACUAAUGUUGAACAACCAACAGUUGCCUCCAAUCCAAUAUCAGGAAACAUAAGCAAUGAACUGAAUCAUUGUCAAACAUGCACAUGUUAUGAACCUAUGUUACCGAGCACCUCUGAAAGUGUUACAGCGAAUGUAACAUCUCAAUGUUUAUAUGUAGAAGAGAAAAUAGUAAACAUCAAAGAUGUAGAAAUAAUCUUCAAUCAAGAUCAAUUACUGCCACACAGUAGUUGUAUAUUAGAAACAAAUAUAAGACCAAUCAGACCGACAGUGUUAGAACUACCGCCGUAUUUAGAAGAGAAUGAGGUGAAGAAAGAAAAAGAAUUACCAGAUAUGGUAGUUAUUUAUGAUCAAAAUCAAUUGAAUGUUUGUGGCAGCCCUGUAAUAGAGAGUCAAGAAAAUCGUUAAUCUUGAGUCAUCAUCAUCAGCUCACUAUACGUCCCCACGGAGGGACUCGGAGCCUACCCUAAGUUAAGGGUGAUUAGGCCAUA